UUUUCAUUUUAAUUGUUCUGGUCAGAUUUACGGAAUAUUAUUCAAUUCUGGGAUUAUGGUCAAACCAAAGCAUCAUGUUUGGAAACAUUUUCAAGAAGUACGCGAUGGUAAAUCAGUUAAAGCGGUGUGCAAGUUUUGCAAGAUGUCCUAUAUCACCCACGUUGAUAGAAUGGUCAAACAUUUAUUAAGCAGCUGUACUAUGUGCCCUGUUAUAAUUAAGGAAAAAUUUUAUUCAAAUUCCAAAAUAUCAACCUCUACAAAAAAUAUCACAAAUGUAAUUUGUAAUACUUCUAAGUCUAACUCUAAUGAAGAAUUGGGUGAAAUUAGUGAGAAUGAUUAUCAAAUGAACAAUAUUUUGUCUUGUGACUCAGGAGAAUUUGAUUCCCUUAUUUCUAAUCAAUCUACAAGCAAGGCGAUUAAAUAUAAAUCUCAAUCUUGUAUAACCGGUUUCAUAGAUAGAAUUAAUCCCAAAGAAAAAAAUGAGCUGGAUCAAUUGUUUGCAAAGGCUGUAUAUGCGAGCAAUUUACCUUUCCACAUCACUGAAAAUCCCUACAUCCAAGAAUUUUUUAAAAAAAUACGUCCUAUUUACACAUUACCCAGGAGAAGGCAGCUGGCUGGAUAUCUUCUAGACAAAGCGUCAGGUGAUAUGGAGGUGAGAGUUGCAGAUAUAAUAGAUAAAGCUCCUUACUUAUCAAUUGUAUCAGAUGGCUGGAGCAACAUUAGAAACGAGAGUAUUAUUAAUUUUAUGGUGAUGACGCCUGUUCCAGUGUUCUACAAAUUUCUAAAUACUGAGGAAAAUCGCCAUACGGCAGAUUAUAUUGCCCAGGAAUUUAAAAAUGUAAUUCAUGAAUUGAAUCCGGUAAAAGUAUAUUCUUUAGUUACUGAUAAUGCCGCUAACAUGAAAGCAGCCUGGAGAAUUCUAAAAUCUGAAUCUAUUUAUAAUCAUAUACAAUGUUAUGGUUGUGCAGCGCAUACAUUGCAGUUAUUCUUUCACGAUUUUGAACGAUUGGACGCCUUCAGUGACCAUAUUUCAAUAAUUAAAAAAAUUGUUAAAUUUUUCAAGAAUAAACACAUACCAGCUGCAGUAUUUUCCCGUAAUAAGAAUCUUCAUGGCAUACCAUCUACAUUAAGUACAAUUAGCCAAACAAGAUGGGCAUCGUCAAUAAAAUGUAUGGAGCAAAUUCAAAUAUGCAAGAAAGCUCUAAAAGCAUCAGUUGUUGAAGAAGCUGUUUGUGAUAAUUGUCCCAUAGAAAUUACCAAUAAUAUAUUAAACGAAGAAUUUUGGACGAAAAAUUUAAAAUUUUUAGCUAUACUCCAACCUUUAGCUACCUCAUUGUUGAAAGUGCAAGGGGAUAAAUUUACUUUGGCCCAAGUAAAAAACGAGAUGCUUAAUUUGGAAAAACACAUAAUACAAUCAUGCCAUGAUUCUAUAUUUUCUCCAUCUCAAGAAAAAAAAUUAAGGUUAUGUUUGAAAAGAGAAAAACUGAUAUAA